AUGUCUGAACUUAACAAGUUGAUUCUGAAAGCAGUCACGUCGAGCUCGCUCCAGGACCGCGGCACGUUCUACUUUCUGUUCAGCCACGUGGACGCCGGACGAAGAAGCAGAUACACAAUCACAUUUGUGGACGCGGACGGCAAGAUGUCUGCUUCGCCGUCGUUUGGCCUGGUUGUCAACGACUGGCUCAAAAACGCCAUCGCUAUCGACAUGGACACAGUUCUCAUUGUGCCUCAUGACGGAGCUCCAUUCACACUUGUGACCACCAACAAGUGGAAGUCGAUCACAAUUCCGUCAGCUGACCCGAAGGAGGUGCUCCGAUCGGUCAUUGACGGCCUGCUGGAACACAACCCUGCCAGUCAGACAACCCUGACCCGAGUCAGAGAGACUAACCAGGGCCACGACUUUGUCAUCGCCUGCGAGGACGGCGAUAUUCCAGUUCAUUCCAUCAUUCUGAAAGCAUCAUGGCCAUUCUUUGACAGACUGCUCGACAGCAAAAUGCAGGAAGCCACCGACAAACGACUGACUCUACCCUACCCAAAGGAAUGGAUCGAGCCUCUGGUGUCUCAUUUCUACGGUGAACAGAGAAACAUGUCGUUUGAAGAAGCCACAGGCGUCAUUAUCACCGCUGCAGUCUACGAUCUCCCUGCUUUACACUCCCUAGCCUUGCGACGUAUUAGAGAAGAGACCAUGGACGUGCUGAUGGCAGUCGUGGCAUGGAAACGGGCCUACGAGGCAAUGAACCAGGCCCUCAUGGAGUACUGUGGAGCUGUGAUCCAGACUGAAAUGAAAAACUUCCCAAAAGUCCAACACCUGCUACAGGACUUUUCUCAGGAUGAGUUCUUGCAGCUCUUCAGCCACAUGUCGCUCCAUGCUCAAAAGGCGACCUCAAAGACACCGUGCCCCUCUGGAUACAACCACUGGUAUUAUUAG